AUGCAAUGUGUGGGAAAAAGCUUCUCUAGCAGCUCAGCCCUUUCUGUUCAUCAGAGAAUCCACAGGGGGGAGAGGCCCUAUGAAUGCAGUGUGUGUGGGAAAAGCUUCCUUCACAGCUUUCACCUUUCUAGACAUGAGAGAAUCCACACAGGGAAGAGGCCCUAUGAAUGCCGUGAGUGUGGGAAAAGCUUCACUCAAAGAUCAACCCUUUCUAGACAUGAGAUAAUCCAAGGGGAGAGGCCUUAUGAAUGCUGUGAGUGUGGGAAAAUUUUCACUUACAAAUCAAGUCUUGUUGAUCAUAAGAGAAUCCACACAGGCGAGAGGCCCUUUGAAUGCCGUGACUGUGGGAAAACCUUCAUUCACAGAUCAUCCCUUUCUGUUCAUCGGAGAAUCCACACAGGGAAGAGGCCCUAUGAAUGCUGUGAGUGUGGGAAAAGCCACAUUGAAAGAUCAGCCCUUUCUAGACAUCAGAGAAUCCACACAGGGGACAGGCCCUUGGAAUGCAGUGAGUGUGGGAAAAGCUUCAUUACCAGCUCUCACCUUACUGGGCAUAGGAGAAUCCACACCAGAGAGAGGCCCUAUGAAUGCCAUGAGUGUGGGAAAAGCUUCACUCGCAGCUCAAGCCUUAUUAACCAUCAGAGAAUCCACACAGGGCAGAGGCCCUAUGAAUGCCGGGAGUGUGGGAAAAGCUUCCUUCACAGCUUUCACCUUUCUAGACAUCAGAGAAUCCACACAGGGAAGCGACCCAAUGGAAGCAGUGAGUGUGGGAAAACCUUGUCUUGCCACUGAGCCCAUGUGAACCGUCAGAGAAUCUGCAUGGGGGAUCAACACUAUAAAAACCUCUAGGGCUAUCAAUACUUCAAUACUUUUCCUGAUUCCCACGGAGUAACUUUUAAAAGCUUUUUGAACUGCUUGAAGCAGCAAUAUCCCUCAGCUUGUCCAGAUGAGUGGCCCAGUUUUGCAUUUUGCAGUUUGACUCUUUGAAGUGGACCUAUUUGUCCUUUCUAUCAACUCCAUUCUCCCAUGAGUAGUUCGAGUGUGCCCUUCUCAUGGUAUAAUUCCCCACUCUGAACCUUAGCGUACAAAAGAUGGGGUACCAGCAUGAAUUCCUCUAAGCUCAAUUA